GUGACGACAUCACGUCUUGUCGGGCUCUUCCGGGUGUGUGCGCUCGUCGUGUUUGAACUUGAUUUACCAACAAAAUAUCACAAGUUGCACAAAGUAACACAACUGUGACUGUUCAGAUAUGCUUUUGAGUGUGUUGGCUAGGUUUGGGGUUAAGUGUCAACGUGAAGUAUAAGUAUGUGUAGAUGCAAGACAACUCUGAGAGAUGAGUUGUGGCGUUCCGCUGCAGCAUGAGAGGAGACCAUGAGGAGAUGGGCUCGGUUCGGUGGGCUUUCCGUUGUGGGCCGUGGACACCAACCAGGUGUGAGUGGCUUUUUGCUGCUCGGUGCAUACAACCCGAAGAGAAAGAGAGGAUUGGGCAGUUUGUUUUUACCAAAGAUGCAAAAUCAGCUAUGGCGGGCAGGUUACUGCUCAGGAGGUUUGUGUGUGAGAAGAUGGGAUUACCCUGGUCCCACUUCAGACUGGAGCGCUCUCCAAGAGGAAAGCCCUACCUGGCAGCUCCUCUGCAGGAUGGCCCAGCCUCUCUCACCUGGAGUUUUAACCUUUCCCAUCAAGGAGACUAUGCAGUGCUUGCAGCAGAGCAGGGAAAGCAGGUUGGCGUUGAUAUAAUGAAGACAGUAAUGCCUGGUAGCCACUCCGUGCCUGAAUUUUUCCGCAUCAUGACUCGUCAGUUUACCCCGUACGAGUGGAGCAUCAUCCAAUCAGCCGGCUCAGAACACCAGCAGCUCGCCGCGUUCUACCGGCACUGGGCCCUGAAGGAGAGUUUUAUUAAAGCUAUCGGCACAGGGCUUGGAUUCAACCUGCAGCGGGUGGAGUUUCACCUGUCACUUGAGCCACCCACACUUGGCCCACCAGUGCGGUUGACAAAAAUGCACCUGGACGAAGAGGAGCAGGAUGACUGGGUAUUUGAAGAGUGCCUGCUGGAUGAGGACCAUCAUGUUGCCGUGGCUCUUGGUACAGACUCAUUGACUUCACCUGCUCCUCUGCCCCCUCCCUGCCCUUUCACCCUGCUGUCAUUCUCUGAGCUGAUUGGUCCGGCCUCGCCCCUGACAGAAGAGGACCCCACCUAUUGGGAGAGCUUCAGCACCAAGGUGGACUGUCCACAGAGACAGAGAGACGGGCACUGACAAGCCUCAGACACAGCGCUGUGCACAGCAGACUAACACACCUUUCACAAGUGCCAGUGUCCAAAAAUACUCUGACAAGGAGCCUGCUUCUCAUUCAGCUCCAGUCCUGCUCAGACAAAGCCCGCAUCACAGCUCGCUCUCAGGGGACGCACAUAAACUUUGCACGGCACCACAACUUUUGUACUUACACAACCACUACCUGGAGGUUCGGCUCUAAAUAUAACCUAAUCUACAUAAAUCUAUGAAAUUAUUUCCAUGAACUUAUUUUUGUGUUUUUAUGAAUGAUGAACUGAUGAAUUUGUUAUUUUGAGCUGAAACUUAAGUUCCAAUCCAAUUAAAGGUUGUAAUGCAAAUC